AUGGCGUCAACAAGUAAAACUCCUUUGCAGAGCAGGAAUUUACCAUGGGUUGAAAAAUACAGACCACAGACUUUUGAUGAUUUAAUCUCACACAAAGAUAUUCUGAGCACCAUCCAGAAGUUCAUCAGUGAGGACAAGCUUCCCCACCUGCUGUUCUACGGCCCCCCCGGUACGGGAAAAACCUCCACCAUCCUGGCCUGCGCCAGGCAGCUCUACAAGGACAAGGAGUUCAACUCCAUGGUGUUGGAGCUGAAUGCUUCAGACGACAGAGGUAUCGACGUCGUACGAGGCGCUGUUCUGAGUUUCGCCAGCACCAGAACCAUCUUCAAGAAGGGCUUCAAGUUGGUUAUCCUGGACGAGGCUGAUGCCAUGACCCAGGAUGCCCAGAAUGCAUUGCGGCGAGUUAUCGAGAAGUUUACCGAAAACACCCGGUUCUGCCUCAUCUGCAACUACCUCUCCAAGAUCAUCCCGGCCCUGCAGUCGCGCUGCACCCGGUUCCGCUUCGGGCCGCUGGCCCAGGACCAGAUGAUCCCGCGCCUGCAGCACGUCAUCCAGCAGGAGAGCAUUGACGUUUCUCCCGAUGGAAUGAAGGCCAUCGUGACUUUGUCGUCGGGCGAUAUGAGAAGAUCCCUCAACAUCCUGCAGAGCACCAGCAUGGCGUACGGGAAGGUGACGGAGGACACGGUGUACACGUGCACGGGCCACCCCCUCCGCUCGGACAUAGCCAACAUCCUGGACUGGUGCCUGAACAAGGACUUCACCACGGCCUACAAACAGAUCCUUCAGCUGAAGACGCUGAAAGGUUUGGCUCUGCAGGACAUCCUCACCGAGGUGCACCUGCUGGUUCACAGAGUGGAUUUCCCUCCAGCUAUUCGGAUUGGCCUGCUAAUCAAGUUGGCUGACAUAGAACACCGCCUCGCCUCAGGAACAAACGAGAAGAUCCAGCUCAGCUCCAUGAUCGCAGCUUUCCAGUCCGUGAGGGACCUCGUGGUCAGCGAGGCCUCGUAA